AUGAUAUUGAAAAGAUUGGUCAGGGAUAGCACGUUAGGAAGAAUCAUAUACAAAACUACUCAACACCUGUUUUUCUCGUAUCCUGAAGAAGAUCCAAAUUAUUCGGUACCAGAAAAAUAUCUACCAACUUCGUGCUCACUGUCUAACUCUACAAUUGCCAAUAACCAUGAUGCAAUAUGCAAUGAUGAUGAAAAACUAGAUCAUUCCCCGGUAACUUACAAGUAUAUUGCCACAUGGGACUCCGAUAAUGAUGCUGAAAAUCCUUAUAAUUGGACUGUAAGCGAAAAGGCAGUAGUCUGUAUUUUAAUUGGGUUUAAUACUAUUUGCCAAUACCUUGCUGCUUCAAUUUUCACUCCAAUUGCUGCUGAUUUGAAAAAAGAGUUUGGUGUUACCACCGUUCAAUCUUCGUUGCCAUUAAGUUUAUUCGUUGUUGGUUAUGGUAUUGGACCAAUGAUUUCAAGUCCUCUCACGGAAAUUUCUAAAAUAG